AUGAAACUUUCUACUUUCCUUUUCCCUGCUGCUCUUGCUACUGUUGCCCUGGCUCAAGAGUCUGCCACUGGUCCUCUUCCUACUGAACUUCCUGGUGCCAAUGUCAUUGACAUCAUUGAAUUGACUUCUGAGGAGUAUCCAAUUGGUGUUUCUAACGGUACCAACUACUUCAUCUACGUGGUUAACACUACUUCUUUGGCCCUUGAUUCCAAUGAUACUGACUCUUCAACUGAGAGUUUGACCAAGCGCUCUCCUCGUUGGAUUUGGUGGAAACCCUUCCCUGGUGAACCUGCUUGGAAGAAACGCUCAGCUCUUCCCAAUGCUGAAGCUCUUGCUGAAGCUGAGGCCGAGGCUGAGGCCAAUCCUCGUUGGAUCUGGUGGAAGCCUUUUCCUGGUGAGCCUGCUUGGAAGAAGCGUGAUGCAAAUCCUGAAGCUGAAGCCAAUCCUCGCUGGAUUUGGUGGAAGCCUUUCCCUGGUGAGCCUGCUUGGUAA